CACGCUGCACCCUCUUGUACAUCGCUAAAACCCUGUUCCCUGCACCUCAUUUCCUACUGUACAGUUAACGAAGACUUGCGUUUCUAGUGGGUUUGGUUGUCACUGUAGUUGCAGAGAAACAAUGGCCUGUCUGGUGCGCGAAGCUGCAGCAGCAGUUGCUGCUGUCAGUGCGAGCAGCAGCACUACCAAGCAGGCACACCUAAACGGUAGCACUGGGGUUUUGGCGUGUCGCAGGAGCAGCUUCUGCCAGGGCGCUUCUAGCAGAGUUUCGUGGUCUAGGUGUCGGUCGGGGGAGAGGAGAGCUGGUCGCGCUUUGAGAAUCAACAAUGUUGCCAUUCCUGUGAAGGAGCAGGAGAAUCUCACCGAUAAUGCGGCGUCCGAAGGGGAGGCCCGUCCCGUUUUCCCUUUCACAGCCAUUGUGGGUCAAGAGGAGAUGAAGAUGUGCUUGAUAUUGAAUGUCAUUGACCCCAAGAUUGGAGGCGUGAUGAUCAUGGGCGAUCGUGGAACAGGAAAAUCUACCACAGUGCGUGCUCUCGUGGACUUGUUGCCCGAAAUCGAGGUUGUCGCUGGAGACCCCUUCAACUCCUCCCCGCAGGACCCCGAAUUGAUGAGCGAGGAGGUCAGGAAGAGGGUUCAGGCGAAUGAGGAGCUGCCUGUUGCUACUUCUCGUAUUAACAUGGUGGAUCUGCCACUAGGAGCUACGGAGGAUCGUGUGUGUGGAACGAUUGACAUUGAAAAGGCGCUCACUGAGGGAGUAAAGGCGUUUGAGCCAGGGCUAUUGGCAAGGGCAAACCGUGGAAUUCUGUAUGUGGACGAAGUUAAUCUGCUGGACGACCAUCUAGUGGAUGUCUUGCUUGACUCUGCAGCGUCUGGAUGGAACACGGUAGAGAGAGAGGGCAUCUCAAUUUCUCACCCAGCUCGCUUCAUUCUCAUUGGCUCCGGUAAUCCUGAAGAGGGUGAACUCCGACCCCAAUUGUUGGAUCGAUUCGGCAUGCACGCUCAGGUUGGAACAGUUAAGGACCCCGAGCUUCGAGUGAAGAUUGUGGAAGAGCGAGGGAUGUUCGACGCGAAUCCCAAGUCCUUCCGUGUGAAUUACGAUACCACCCAGAAGGAGCUUCGUGAUCGAAUCGACAACGCUCGCGCAAUUCUGUCCAGCGUGAAGGUGCCACACGACUUGCGAGUGAAGAUUUCGCAAGUUUGCUCGGAGCUGGAUGUGGACGGAUUGCGGGGUGACAUUGUCAGCAACAGAGCUUCCAAAGCCUUCGCUGCCUUCCAGGGAAGGACUGAAGUGACCGCUGAGGACAUCAGGGCUGUCAUGCCCAACUGUUUGAGGCAUCGAUUGAGGAAGGACCCUCUUGAGUCCAUCGACUCCGGCACUUUGGUCGUGGACAAGUUCAAUGAGGUCUUCGGAUACUCCACCUAGAUCUGCGUCUCUGCCCAACAAAGACGCAUAUGGGGAUGGACCUAAUAUUGGGGUUUAACUACUUAAUUUUUUGGCUGCGCAAACACAUGCAGUCUUCGUUUUUUUUUUUUUUUUUUUUUUUUUUCUUUCGGAAACUUAUAGAAACGGUGAAGGGGAAAUCAGGAACGAAUAGUGAAGAAGUACAAAGGAAGAAAGGUCUCCACAAUUAUGUAAGGCAAGGGGUUUGAUAAUGUAUGCUAGAUUCAAUACAAAACCAUUGGACACAAUGUAUGGAUACAUUUCAUUACGAUAGAUAGAAUUGUAGAAUAUGAGCUCUCAUUAGUAAAAGAGUUGAACCAUUU